AUGCCAGAGAAGAAGGUCACCGACCCGGCUCUCAAGGAGCAGAAGCAGGAAGAGUUUCACCGCAUCCAGCAGGCCUACGAGUGCCUCGGCGACGACGAAAAGCGCGCCAACUACGACGCCCUCGUCCACCUCGAGAAGCUGCGCAAGGAAAAGGCUGCCCGACAAGCUGCCGCCCCGCGCGAAAAGGCUGCACGCUUCGACGUCCCCACGCCCGGCGCCUCGCCCUAUGCCGCCGCCAAUGGCGCACCCAGAUACUCUACCGAGCACCGCGUGCCCACGUCGGCGCGCGACGACAGUGCCCGCUACCAAGAACGCACCCACUACCACACCUACCAGCCCAAGCCUACGUCGACCGCCCGCCCCGCGCGCGAAAAGGAGCCUUCCAAGAGCAGCCGGUAUGCCAAGGAAGACCGAAGCCGCUCAGAACGGGAAAAGGCUCGCACCAAGGAAGUCCGCCCCGAGCGCAAGUUCGCAUCCGUCGACAGCGACGAGUCGUCGGACGAGAAGGCGCGCUACGAGUCGGGCUUCAGGAUCCGCUCCGAAGAAAACGCUCGACGCAAGGCCGCCGAAGAGCGUCGCUCCUACGAAGAAGCACGCCACACCAUUCCCACGCACCACAAGAUGAGUGCCCAAGCCGAAGAGGCCCUUCGCUACCAGCACAAGUCGCGUGCCCAGGUAGAAGAGGAAAUGUCCACUCGCCCCCCGCCACCCAGAGCAUCUUCGCGCGAUUAUUACGCUGCCGAGUCCCGACCCUCGCGCCGCGAAGCAUCACGAGUCGAGCCUGUUCGAAGGUCAUCUGCCAGGCCUAGCCGAGAUCGGCCUUCCAUGUCCCGCCGCGAAACUGAUCGCACUGAGCGCAUCAUUCCAGAGGUCGUCGACUGGGCUGAGGAGCGACGCGGCGACGAGAGGCGACCGCCCAUGUUCAAGCAGUCCGUCUCAUCGCCCAUUGACCUUGGGCGCGGAGUCCCCCAGCGCUCGUACACCGAAAGACUGCCUCGCCGCGCUGAAGGCUCCCCGCCACCACCUCCCCCCUUCCAUCGCUCCUCGACGAUGCCCUCGCGCCGCAAAGAGGCGACGGUGCCCCGCACCUCGGGCAUGCGCGAAGCCAUGCCUGAACAAUACGCUACUGCUGAGAGAGACGGCUUCGCAGCUGUUCCGCCUGCACAGCAGACCACAUCCGGUAACACCAAGAAGGUCUACUACUACCCCGUUAGCGGAGGUGGCGUCUCUGUUCGCCCAGACGAAAUGCCGCCAACGGCUCGUCAUGUACCGCGCGAGCCAUCCCGCGUCCAACGUUCGCCAUCGCCGAUCGGCAAACCCCCGAUCGGCCCUAACCGCCCCAUGGAAUCCACCACUCCAUACAAGACGGCUUCCCGACCAUCCAUGCCUAGCCGCAACGAGUCGUACCGUACCGUCUCGCCCGUCCGUGCUUCCGAGGAGCGCGGACGCUCUGCAAGACCCAAGCUUUAUGGAGAAAUCGGACGCGACGCCAGCUUCGAUGCCAGCGACGUCCAGUACAGCCGCCGCUACGGCCCAGAGGACGUCAGAUGGGCCCCUCGAUCUGGCGAGCCCGACAAAGGCUACCACCAAAAGCCUAGUUUGGGAAGGACUGCGACCUAUGUUUAUUAG